AUGGCACUACCUUCAGCCGUCGUUGAGGAGGGUGUGAGCACAGUGUUCUCGUACAUCUCAACCAAGGUCGAAGACAAGGCGUCCAGAGCAGACACAAUCGCAAGGCUCGAGAUUGCACUCGCUCGCUUGGACAUUGCCCUUGAGAAGACAGGGAGGAUACCAAUCACAUACGUGUCCUUGCUACGUAGUAGGAAGGAUAUCAAGGGAGUCUAUAUGGAGGGGACAGAACUGCUCAACAAGCACAAGAAGCCGCAGAAUGAGAACGAUGGCCACGUGGUGGUAAGGAGUUCCUCGUACCUUCAAUGGAUCGCCGAUAGGGCUGCAAACUUCUCCAUCUCUUCUCUUGUUGGCUUGGGCAAGGAGAAGUUGAGUUCCUCCGUUGCCCAAAAAUUUGAGAGGUAUGCAGACUGGGCUGAAAAGUUUGUAGCAGAGGUGGAGUCCGGCUGCCCACUCCGUCUUGACACCUUCCGCUAUCCAUUUCUUAAGCAUCUUCUUGAAGGAAAAGUCUCAGAAGGGCGUGGCGUAGAGGUCAUACUACUUUAUCAAUAUAACGAUCUCAGGAAGCUCGGGGAACACUUUUCUGUAGUCAUGAACCUACGAAUCUCUGAAGACACCGAUAUCAUAGGGACCAGUAUUAAGUGCAUCCAGCGGUUGACAUCUCAGUUCAAGCUUGUGGCUGAAUCUGCGAUAGGAGAACUCACGCUGCUGCCUAAUUUGCAGGACACUUUCCAUUCCUAUGUUCUUCCACCCAGUUACAUCAAAGAAAAAUAUGGACAUCUCACAGAUUUAAUCCGCCCCGAUCCAAUAUGUUGCAAUGGAAAUAGCUGCGGAACUCUAGCUAAGAAUUCUUCAAUCGAAAUUCCGGAGCCAGUUAUUCUUGUCUAUUUUAGUUGCUGUAUUUCAGCACCAAAACAGCUUGCGUAA